AUCCUUUGCCUUCCGGUAUGUGGCCCCUUCUGGCUAGUCCCGCCUAGCGCGCCCAUUUCGAGCCCGUUUCCAGCUCGGGUUUCCGGGCUCAGAAUUUUCCAGGAGUGGGUUCUUGGGCAGUGGCUGUGGGAGCAGGAAUGGCGCAGCUAGAGGGUUACUAUUUCUCGGCCGCCUUGAGCUGUACCUUUUUAGUAUCCUGCCUCCUCUUCUCCGCCUUCAGCCGGGCGCUGCGAGAGCCCUAUAUGGACGAGAUCUUCCACCUGCCCCAGGCGCAGCGCUACUGUGAGGGCCAUUUCUCCCUUUCCCAGUGGGAUCCCAUGAUUACUACAUUACCUGGCUUGUACCUGGUGUCAGUUGGAGUGGUCAAACCUGCCAUUUGGAUCUUUGGAUGGUCUGAACAUGUUGUCUGCUCCAUUGGGGUGCUCAGAUUUGUUAAUCUUCUCUUCAGUGUUGGCAACUUCUAUUUACUAUAUUUGCUUUUCCGCAAGGUACAACCCAGAAACAAGGCUGCCUCAAGUAUCCAGAGAGUCUUGUCAACAUUAACACUAGCAGUAUUUCCAACACUUUAUUUUUUUAACUUCCUUUAUUAUACAGAAGCAGGAUCUAUGUUUUUUACUCUUUUUGCAUAUUUGAUGUGUCUUUAUGGAAAUCAUAAAACUUCAGCCUUCCUUGGAUUUUGUGGCUUCAUGUUUCGGCAAACAAAUAUCAUCUGGGCUGUCUUCUGUGCAGGAAAUGUCAUUGCACAAAAGUUAACUGAGGCUUGGAAAACUGAGCUACAAAAGAAGGAAGACAGACUUCCACCUAUUAAAGGACCAUUUCCUGAAUUCAGAAAAAUUCUUCAGUUUCUUUUGGCUUAUUCCAUGUCCUUUAAAAACUUGAGUAUGCUUUUCCAUUUGACUUGGCCCUACAUCCUUCUGGGAUUUCUGUUUUGUGCUUUUGUAGUAGUUAAUGGUGGAAUUGUUAUUGGUGAUCGGAGUAGUCAUGAAGCCUGUCUUCAUUUUCCUCAACUAUUCUACUUUUUUUCAUUUACUCUCUUUUUUUCCUUUCCUCAUCUCCUGUCUCCUAGCAAAAUUAAGACUUUUCUUUCCUUAGUUUGGAAACGUAGAAUUCUGUUUUUUGUGGUUACCUUAGUCUCUGUGUUUUUAGUUUGGAAAUUCACUUAUGCUCAUAAAUACUUGCUAGCAGACAAUAGACAUUAUACUUUCUAUGUGUGGAAAAGAGUUUUUCAAAGAUAUGAAACUGUGAAAUAUUUGUUAGUUCCAGCCUAUAUAUUUGCUGGUUGGAGUAUAGCUGACUCAUUGAAAUCAAAGUCAAUUUUUUGGAAUUUAAUGUUUUUCAUAUGCUUGUUCAUUGUUAUAGUUCCUCAGAAACUGCUGGAAUUUCGUUACUUCAUUUUACCUUAUGUCAUUUAUAGGCUUAACAUACCUCUGCCUCCCACAUCCAGACUCAUUUGUGAACUGAGCUGCUAUGCAGUUGUUAAUUUCAUAACUUUUUUCAUCUUUCUGAACAAGACUUUUCAGUGGCCAAAUAGUCAGGACAUUCAAAGGUUUAUGUGGUAAUAUCAGCGAUAUUUUGAACUGAAAAUGGACUUAAUAAUUAGACCAUUUCUACAAAGAACAACUGAAUAGGUGGAAAACAUAGAAUUUCUUUUAGGUGCAGUGGUGGUCCUCAAAUUACAUUAGUUUUUUAAUAUAUAUUUUAAACAUAUGUAAGAAAUUAAGUGGCAGAGAAGUGAGAAAGCUUAAGACCUGCUUCAAAAGCCUGAAAAAUGGGAAAAUAAAAUUGUUUUCAGAUAUCUCAUAUCACUCUCAUAAUAUUGGCCCCUUAAAAAGCUUGGGAAUGUUUUGUAUGUACAAGUUUGUUAAAACUGGGUAUGCUUCA